AUGACCCAACUAGAAAACGACGAGCCCCCCGAGCCUCCUGCUGCCUCCUCGACCCUGUUGUCGUCACCUCCGCAUCGCCCGCCGCUGCCUACGCCCGCCCUCGACCAUGCGCUUUCGCCCGCCGCAGCUGCCACCGCCAGCGCUCUCGACGAUCCCACCGGCCCAGACGCCCUCCGUCUCCUGAACCGCUCGCCGCACCCGUACCACCGCCGCAGACAGCAAUUGCGCGACCCGCAACAGAGCUCGCCCGCGUGGAGCAACCCAUCAUCGGCAACCUCGUCCGACUACGAGAGCGGCAAUGGUGGAGCGGGCGGGCGGCAGCGCGCCGCGCCGACGUCGUACCCCUCGCAGGCCGCCUCGCGCAGCAUGAGCGAGAGCGGCACCGAGGCCGACGACGAGGGCUACGGCUUCGUCAAGGCGCUGCCCGCGCCGUUCAUCCGGCCGCACAAGGGGCUGAGGGAUGUCAGGGACACCGAUGCGGCGACCGACUCGGGCUUGCUGACGCCGAGCGUGCUGGAGGAGGAGGGGCGCCGGUUGAGCGUCGCCCCGGGCUACUACUCCCAGAGGAUGGGAAAGGGUGGGGUGGAGGAGGAGACGGUGGAGGAAGAGAGGGUGAGGAGGGAGAGGGAAAGGUUCGCCCAGAAGAGAAGGGCGGAGAUGCUGAGGAGGGGGUGUGAGGUCGCCCUCUUGGCGGCGAUUGGGGCUGUGGUGCUGCACGGCGCCGUGGCGCGCAGGAGUCUGGAUGCUUGGAGCAGAGGUAGGAUGAUCAAUGGCUCUUCUGGGGAGGCGCACAAGCUCAUGAUUGUUCCAGCAGAGCUGUCCUGUUGCGUCGUCCUCUACGCGCUGCUCUUCCUGCUCUAUCCCCUCCGACUGCUCCUGCUUCCGCGUACAAGAUCAGCAGAGCAGAGGCCCCGACUAUUAAACCGGAUCCAUAUACCCGCUGCAUUCGACCCGGCCCCGCUCCUAUACCCAGCUGCGAUACCCGUUUUUGUUUCUUUAUCACUAUACCCCAGCAUGGAAAAGCUUCUCUUGCCAAACAUUGUCCUCGCAGCGUCCGCUCUUCCGCCGCUGCUCAUUCCUUCAUACGGUCGCGGUAACGGGUACAGCAUGGAGCAUUGGUUCAUUUCCAUUAUUCCUCUUAUAAUAUCCGAGCAUACCGACAUCCCUUCGAAGAUCAUGGCGGCCAAGCCGUAUCAGCUGAAGGCACCGGCGGAUCGCAUCGAUUCGGAGACCAUCGCUUCGCUUUUUGCGCUACACCAGGCGCUUCUACCUCCGCUUUAUUACCUUACGACGACAAGUCUUCUCCCCGCCGAACUGCAGCUGCUUUCCACAACCCUUAUCAACCUUCUGCUCUUCUCCACUAGCCCGCAGAUGACCAUUCUCAAAUCCAUACUUUGGAUUGGCGGAGUCCUGCUCUUCACGUUCUGCGGUCAUACUUUGAGAUGGAACGUUGCGCUCGCGCGCAUACCGAAAUGGAGGUUUAGACGAGCAGGUCGUAUUGUCAAAGCCCAACAAACAUUCCUCAGCAUCUUAAACGAGGGCCUUCGACCAGGAUCCUCGCGGUCCAGAAGCAGGGGAGGCUUCGCUUCUGACAGUGAUGCUGACGAGGACGGUGUCCCUGAUCAUCUCUCGGAUGACCUUAGGCUCAAGCCUGUGGAAUCUGCACCUGGGACGAUCCAGCACGCCGCCUCAGUUGGAACUCAGCUCGCUUUCGGGGCCUUUCGGGAUGCAAUACUCCCUCCAAGAGACAACAAUUCUCCAGCCACACGGCAAGGGCGUAGGCACACUUUAUCGAGCAUCGACCCCGGCAAAGCUACGUCGCAGUCUGCUGCUGGUAGAGCGAAGCGCAGGAAACAAUCCUACGCGCAAUCGUUUCUCGCACUCACGCCGACGCAGGCUACCGUGAGAAGGUGGCUGUAUGCUGGAUGGGUCUAUGUUGCUAUGGUGCUCCUCGUAUUGGUACCAAUCAGAGCUUACAUUGGUAAGUUUGCUCUGCAUGGCCAAGAACCGUUUGGCUGGGCCAUUGGCUACCUCCUCGGCAACAUUCGGGAUGUCCGCUUCUUCAUCUUUGACUGGGGCCUUUCCAGCUGGAUCAGCCUCCCUCCCCUCCCUGACUUCACCGCGGAGGAGCUCGCCGAGCUUCCACGUGCAGAAUUCAUCCGCCAGGUCCUUUUCGGUGGCGCGGCGAACACCCGCCUCCUCAUCACGGGAUACUGGGUGUUCAUCCUCGUCCUCGGCAUGGCGACGGUGCUUUCCCUCUCGACAACCGUCGAGGUCGACACGCGCCGCAAGGUCUUCCACGGCAUGAUGGUCGCCAUGCUCCUGCCCACAAUCUUCGUCGACCCGUGCUUCAUCGCCCUCACCCUCGCCCUCGUCCUCUCCGUCUUCUGCCUGCUCGACCUCAUCCGCGCGGCGCAACUCCCGCCGUUGUCGAAGCCGCUCGCCUACUUCCUCACCCCCUACGUCGACGGCCGCGACCUGCGCGGCCCCGUCGUCGUCUCCCACAUCUUCCUGCUCAUCGGCUGCGCAAUCCCGCUGUGGCUCAGCCUCGCGGGCGUGCCGCGCGACGGCGGCGGAGGAGGAGGAGGAGGAGGAGGAGGAGGAGGAGAAGAAGGGGGCCCGUGGAGCGGCUGGGAGGUGCGCGGACCGAAGGACGUGAGCAUGGUGGCGGGCGUCGUGUGCGUCGGCAUGGGCGACGCCGCCGCCAGCCUGAUCGGGCGCCGCUGGGGCCGCCGGAAGUGGCCGUGGCUCGGCGGCAAGAGCCUCGAGGGCAGCGUCGCCUUCGCCGCCGCCGUGACCACGGGUCUCGUUUUGGCGAAGGCGUGGCUGCGCCUCGGCCAGUGGGACGGCGGAAGCGGUGGUGCGACAGCCUCUGUCGCCGCCGCCGCCGCCGCCACCGGGGGCCCGCCAGUGUUGUGGCCCGGCUUGUGGGAGGUGCUGCGGUUGGUGAGACCGGUGGAUGUGAGCAAGGCGGCGUGCGCGGGCGCCGCGGCGAGCUUCAUGGAAGCGGUCUUGACGGGAGGGAACGAUAACGUGGUGGUGCCGGUGGUGCUGUGGUUGGUCGUUAGGGGCUUGGGGGUGUGA